AUGAGGAAGCAAAUACUAUUGGUUGCAGCUCAAAGCAUUCUAUGUUCCACUGUUUUUGGUGAACGAACCAACGCAGGGCUUUCCACCGAAGAAUUAGGGGGUGAUUCGAUUCUAUAUUUUAACGAAGAGCCUAUCGUUGUAGAAAUCGACAAGAAUUCGAUAGACAAGAAGGCUCUGGAACAUUUGGCAAACACGAGAAAUGUUGUUCUUACUGAUUUACCAGAAACUCUUGAGUUUAUAGAUGUCAAUGAAUAUGCAAAAAUCAAAGCAAAAUCGGAUAUGCUACUCGAAUAUAUCAAUGAAUACGAAUUUGAUGACUUUGAAGGAAGUUCCGAGGGCGGCCUUGAUGAGGAAGAAGAAGAGGACUUAAUUUAUGACUUUAAUGUUCAAGCAAAGGACACGGAUAAGUUUAACAAAAAUGUUUAUGAAGCUGUUAUAGAAAAAGAUAUUGUUGACGUUUACGAUAAUAAUCUCACUAAUUCGACGACAAUAGAGUCAUCUACUACUAUUGAUGCCUACAAGACGUUCCACUCUUACGUCGCUUCUUCUACUCCUUAUUCGAAUGUUUCAAUAUCAGAUGAAGAUUACGAUAAUGCAGGCGCCUAUUUGACACCAACAACAGUGGCUUUGGCAGUAAUGCUAACCAUCUUAUUAUUUAUACAGACCUACUAA